AUGUCCCUCUCGCACACGGCUGCCGAGUACAUGCUCUCUGAUGCUCUGCUCCCGGAUCCCAGCAGUUCCCGAGCCAAGGGCUUGCGGCUGGAGCUGCCGAGCGAUCGCCUGCUGAAGUUUGUCACCGUGGGGCUGCCCCUCUUCCUCGUCUCGCUGGCUUUUGCCCGGGAGUUCUCUGCUGGCUCCCAGAUCAGCUGCUUCUCUCCCACCAACUUCACGGGGAAGCAGUCCGCCUACACUGACACGGCUUGCUGGGACUCCCUCAUCCACCAUGGCUUCGACGCCGAGGGACGUGCCAUCACCAAGUCCCUCUGGGCUCUCAAGGCCUUCCCCUACUCGCUGCUGGUGGUGGCGGUGCUGAUGUACCUGCCGUACCUGCUGUGGCGCUACGCUGCUGCCCCUGCCCUGCACUGUGACCUCCUCUUCAUCAUCGACGAGCUGGAUAAAUCCUACAACCGCUCCGUGCGCCUGGUGCAGCACAUGAAGAAGGUCCAGCAGGCCAGUGCUGAGCCAGAGCAAUUCUGGGAGGAGUACGAGAGGGCCCGCCGGGAGAGGUAUUUCGAGUUCCCGUUGCUGGAGCGGUACCUGACCUGCAAGCAGCACGCCCACGCCCUGGUGUUCAUCUACAUCCUGAGGAACCUGCUGCUGCUCCUCUUCUUGGCUGCCACUUGCCUCUACCUGGUCUUUCUCCACCUUAACAUCUUCUUCCAGGAUGAGUUCAGCUGCUCUAUCAAAACGGGGUUGCUCGAGGCAGAGCCGCACAUCCCGUCGCUCAUCCCUUGCAAGCUGGUCUUCUUCUCCGUGUUCCAGCUCAUCAGCCUCUCAGUUGGCAGUGUCUAUGUCCUCCUCAUCCCCGUUGUCAUCUACAACGCCCUGCAGCUCUGCCAGUGGGACAAGGGGCUGCUCUCUGUCUAUGAGAUGUUGCCUGCCUUCGACCUGCUCAGUCGCAGGAUGCUCACCUGCCCCCUCAACGACCUCAACAUCAUCCUCCUCUUCCUGCGUGCCAACAUCUCCGAGCUGACCUCCUUCAGCCGCCUCAAUGCCGUCAGCGCCCUGAGGGAAGCCACUGCCAACAAGGAGGACAUCGAUACUGUCAUCGACUUCAUGACGCUGCUGGCUGGGCUGGAGGCCACAAAGCCCAAACACCAAUCCUACACCCCCGAGGCCGAAGGCAGCACAGCCCUCUCCAAUGGUGCAGCCCUAGAACCAAAGCCUGGAGUGGAAAGGAUGGGAAAAGCCUCACGGGACUCACUCGGCUCUGCCUGACCCAGGAGGAGGCAGCAG